UAUUUAAUACAUCGAUGUAUUAUCACUCAAAGUCUAUGCACGUGAAAGAUUUGACGUAAACAUCACAUAAUGCAGGCCAUGUCUUUUCUGAAAGGAAUUCUAAUUUUUGUUCUGCUGGGAUUUACUCGCCUAACACAAGGUCAGCUUGAAUGUAAGGUAACUGUUCACGGAAUUAAUUACCUUGGACUGAAAAACGUGACUAUCUCUGGACGCACCUGUCAGGAUUGGAGUUCACAGUAUCCCCACAAACACGAACAAACGGACAAAAUAAUGCUGAGGAAUAGUCGCAACUACUGCAGAAACCCUGACGGGGAGCCAGGAGGGCCCUGGUGCUACACCACAGACAGGAACAAGCGGUGGGAGUACUGCAAUAUUCCCUCUUGUCCUAUAUCAGACGAACAGUGUUACGAAGAAGGGAAAGGUACCGCCUAUCUGGGUAAGAUAAACGUGACGGAGACAGGGUAUGCCUGCCGUCGGUGGGACAGUGAAGCGGUGUUCGUGUAUCAGGUGUUCGAGCAUCUAGAAAAUUACUGCAGGUCACCAGACGGCGCUCCAUUCCCCUGGUGUUUGUCCACAGCCCCUGGCAAGAGAUGGGAAAAAUGUCAGAUACCGAUUUGUGGGAGACAUGGAACAACAAAAACACAAACUGCAACAACUUCAGCAACGAUGUCAGCAACAAACACUGCAGCAACAACAACCUUUGAACAAUCCACCGCAUUAAAAUCAAAGAGCAAUUAUAAAAACAAAGAACGGAUUAUUGCUGCAAAUGAUGGAAGUUGCGAACAAAAUUCUGUCAAAGUUGAAGUUGUCACGGUAGUAACGCUAGUGUGUGUUCUAUUGACAACUGUAGGCAGCAUUUACAUUAUCGUUCUGCUGAGACAUAACCGCCUCCAGUGCUUCCCAGGCCAGAAUACACCGUAUGCUCUCAAUAAUGUUUACGAUUCUGGGGUAUCGGAUAUCCAGCCUAUUGUCUAUUCUAGUCGUUGAUGCAACAAAAUUGUGAAUGAAUGAAUUUUGUCUUUUAAAAGUGUGCCUUAUCCUUUGCUCUGCAUGCACAUUUCCGCGCACUUAACAUUUUAAGGUAACACUAAUGUAUUCAACAAAUUUAUCAGAGAUGUAGUGAUAAAAGUAUGUAUACUAUAACGUUAAAGUGGUCAUGUAGAUAAUUAGAUAGUUUUAUAUAACCACAAUAAGGUAUUAUUUCUACCUCUUUGAAAAUCUACUUAGAACGUCUCGGGAUCCCACAAGAUAUAUAAUUGUAUGCUGUUUUAACUUUAAUUAUAUAAUUUAUAAAUAUAGAGGAAUUUAGAAAUUAUUUGUAGAACUCAUUUUUUGAAAUAAUGAUUUUAUCAAUGAUUUUAAUGAUAUGUAUGCCUUCUUUUUGAUUGUUUAGAGCAAGAAUUAUGUAGAAUGGUAAGUAAGCAAUAUACCUUUUUAUGUAGGAUUUUCUCAUUGAAAAAUCUUUUAAACAUUUUAAAAAUAUUUUGUCUCUGAAUUGAUCAUCAACUUUUUAAAUUUGUUACGCUUGAGUGUAAUAGUAAAACCUGUGCUAUUUACACGACUGUACGCUUGUGAAUUAGUUAGUGUAUAGACCGGUGACUUGUAUAUUGUAUGUUUCAAAGAAACCAUAAAAUACAAAGAUAAGCUU